AAAUAUUUUAUUAAUAUUUAUUAUGAGUAGCAUUUUCCUAAAAAAAACUUUCUCCUACCAUCUCUAUCGAGGAGAACACGGCCAACAGGGGAACUGCAGAAAAGGGCAUAUUCGAAAUCUCGCCAUCGCGGCGCCGCCUUUCCAUCUCCAUUUCUCCCUCUCGUCCCGGCCUCCGCAUCUCCGUCGGGCGCCCGACCUGGUGUUGUUCGCUUCUUGCCGUUCACGUCUCCGCGGUCUCACUCAGUCUGCCUCCUUGCCGUCUCCGGACAGCGGGCUCUGAGGCCUAAGCCUGCCAAGUGGUAUCAUCAACUACAAUUUGGAAAACUCCCAAAAUUUUCUUGAGACUGCAUUCUUGUUUUUGAAGUGGAAUUGCGUGCCAAUGGCUAAGGCUUCAACACUCACGCCAGCAACAGUCUAUCUGUACAUUCCCAACAUUAUUGGCUACAUGAGAAUUUUAAUGAACUGUUGUGCUUUUGCAAUAUGCUUCACCGAUAAAAUGCUUUUCUCAAUCUUAUAUUUUGUUAGCUUUGUAUGCGAUGCAUUGGAUGGCUGGUUCGCUCGGAAAUUCAACCAAGUUUCAACAUUUGGAGCUGUUUUGGACAUGGUGACAGAUAGGAUCAGUACUGCUUGUCUCCUCGUGAUUCUUUCGCAAGUUUACCGGCCUGGCUUGCUUUUCUUGUCUUUGCUCACUUUAGAUAUUGGAAGUCACUGGUUACAAAUGUAUAGCUCCUUCUUGGCCGGGAAAACCAGCCAUAAAGAUGUGAAGGACAGCAGUAGUUGGCUAUUCCGAACAUAUUAUGGAAAUCGAAAGUUUAUGGCCUAUUGUUGUAUAUGCUGUGAGGUUCUUUACAUUCUCUUGUUUCUUCUCGCAGAGAACCAGACCGAGAAUUUGACUGAUGUUCUCAUCAAUUCAGCAAAGAAAAGUGGGCUCUACUUUUCCCUGCUUUCCUUACUUCUCUUUGGCUGGGCAACUAAGCAAUUGGUCAAUCUUAUACAGAUGAAGACUGCUGCAGAUAUAUGUGUACACUACGACAUUGCAAAGCAGCAAUAGCGCGGCCGCGGGGGUGCCCCUAACGCAAAUGUGUGUAUUCUGAUGACAACAUUCUCUCAGUUUUUAUGGUCCCUUUUGUCAUUGUUGGAACAGAAAAGCGCCCAUCUGAUGAAGAAACGAACGUUUUUUUUUUAAAUUAUUAGAGUGCAUUGAGUGAUGAGCUUAGAGGCUAUACAGCAAGCCAUCAUAAACCUGACUGGUUUGAGUGCACAUUUGGGGACUUGUAUAUGAUGUUAUUAUUGCCUACUAACUGUUUUCGUGGUUUCUUGUUUCCUUGUGUAGAAGAAACUACACAGUUAUUA